AUGAAGACCAAUGCCACCCCCGAGACCAUAUUUCAAAACUUGAAGGUGGCCGCAUGCCUCGAACCUCAUUUCCUCAUGUCUCCACGCCCAAAAUUCGGCCGACCCAAAGGGUCCACCCCGUUCCCCCGUGGGAAGAGCCAAAAUCAGGGCCCCAGUGAUCGAAUCGAAAAAGCUACUCGCCAGAAAAGUACAAGCAAGAGUGUUCCAGAAUCAUGGAAGCCCCAAGGCAAGAACCGCCUCUUCCGGGACGAUGUGGACCCACUACAGGUUGCAAGUGACCUUUCAGUCCACAUUGUGUACAUGUGCGAAGUAACUUCCCUCAUCGAGGAAGUGACCGCCAAAUUUCACCAACUCGAAGACACAUACAAUCGACUACGGGAUGCAAUGGAACCCAUUGAGAAAAUCGCAAGUCGGCUCUGCGAUAAGGGGGAAACAGCCAAUGCGUUCUCUGAUAAAGUCAAGAACAUGGUGCAUGCUGGAGAGAGCGCAUUGGAAGAGAUGCUUCAGGCGUUCAGAAAAUACAUGGAUUUGAUGGAUAAGGUGAAAUACAUGCUUAGUGUCGCGGAGAAGGAGUUCGAAGAUGCCUUUUAG